AUGCAUUUCUCUACAAUCGUUUCUACCGCGGCGUUUGCUGCCCCGGCACUAGCUGGCUAUGUGCUCCAGGAUGAUUACAUGACCGACUUUUACGGUCACUUCAACUUCUUCACUGGAGGUGACCCAACGCAUGGGUUUGUCCAGUAUGUGGACGAGGCGACUGCGCGCUCCUCGAACUUGAUUGACACUUCGGGACCGCCAGUGCCAGUCAAGUGGGGUGUUGAUACUGUCAACAAGGACCCGGCGGGUAGGGCUAGUAUGAGGCUUGAGAGCAAGUCGCUCUACAACAAGGGGCUUGUGGUUAUCGAUGUCGAGCACAUGCCUUUCGGCUGUGGUACAUGGCCUGCCUUUUGGAUGUUCGGACCGAACUGGCCGAUGCAGGGUGAGAUCGAUAUCAUCGAAGGUGUGCACGAGCAGGAGACCAAUGCCCUCACUCUUCACACGAGCACGGGCUGCGCCGUUGGCUCGGACACCAGCCUCUUCUCCGGCUCUGUCGAGACUCAGAACUGUGACGUGAAGGCUGAAGGCCAGGCCGAAAACGCCGGCUGCUCUAUCAAGUCGCCAGACAACAAGUCGUAUGGUGCCGGCCUGAACGACAACGGCGGCGGUGUCUAUGCUACAGAGUGGACCAAGGAUGCCAUCGCCAUCUGGUUCUUCCCCCGCGGCUCCGUCCCUGACGGCGUCACGGGUGAUAACCCCGACCCGAGCAGCUGGGGGAAACCCACUGCGAAGUGGGUGAGCGAUUCCUGCGACGUCGACGGCAUCUUCAAGGACCUGAACAUCAUCUUCGACACCACCUUCUGCGGUGACUGGGCCGGCAACACGUGGUCCACUAGCUCUUGCGCCUCCAAGGCGUCUACCUGCAACGACUACGUCCAGAACAACCCGGAUGCGUUCACCAACGCUUUCUGGACCGUCAACGCCCUCAAGGUCUACGAGCAGGGUGAUGCUCCCGCUUCCGCUCCCGCUGAAUCCCAGGCCCCUGAGGAGCAGCCCUCCGCCACUGAUGCUCCUGCAGACCAGCCCGCCUCUACUGACGCACCUGCUGCCACUGACACGCCUGUCGAUGCUCCCGCCUCAUCUGAUGCCCCCGUAUCAUCUGAGGCUCCUGUCGAUGCCCCCGUCUCCUCGGCUCCUCUCGAAGCCAUGCCCUCUGCCACCGAUGCCCCCGUCGACAACUCCACCGCCGCAACCUCCCUCUCGACCAGCGCCCCCGUCCAGCAAAACCCCGACGGCACCCUAAACAUCCCCGUCGGCCCUUGGGGCUCCAACGGCGAAGGCGGCGGCAACGGCGGCAACAGCGGCGCAGAGGGUUCCCCUGACGCCGAUUCUGACGCUCUCCCCUCGGUCGCUGUGCCCGUUUCCUCAGCCCCAGCACCCGCCUCCACACCCGCUGCCGACGGCGGCUUCAACUGGCCCGGCGCCGCACAAGGCUCAGGCGCACCCCAAGGCACAGGCUCACCCAGCCUCGCACCCCUCCCCUCCUUCCCGGCUGGAAACUCAACAGGCUACCCCACCAUGCCUUCCGGCACAGGCCUCUCCUCCAUAAACUUCGCCACGGUGCCUACCUUCCCGACUAGCCUUCCCACGGACCUCGCGUCCAACUCGGACAUCGCCAACGUCUGGGAAACAAUCUACACAACGAACGUCGUCACCGUGCCGGGCGUCGGGCCCGCGCCAACGCUCGGUACAGAUGAUGGGAGCGACCCCAUUGCCACCGUGCAGCAGACCGUGCAGCAGACCGUGAUGGUCACCGUGCAGGGCGGCGGAGCGCAGGCAACGGGUGCGCCGGCCGCGAAGCGGUGGGCUCGGCGGGAGAUAGCCCGUGAGAGGAGGAGGCUGCGUAACCAUUUCUAG